UUUCUUUAAAACACCCCGAGUUUUCCCAACAUGUUGCCUGAGAGAGAAGAGACGGCGGUCACUCGUUACCGGUGCGGCCCUCGCUGCAGGGAGGUGAAGGGCCCAGCUCCGUGCACUGUGGCCUUGGCCCCUGUAUAAAGGCGAUCGAGGUCUGAUCCUCUGCCUCAUUCUCCAGGAUGUAAUAUGAUGGUCACUUACUGCUGGUUCUUUCUUCAGUCAAUAAAAGCCGAUAUCUCGCCUUACGUCUCAGAGUGAGUUUUUGAUGGUGCAUCAAUUUUAUUGACUGAAGAAAUUUUAAAACAUGGAAACCGUUUUACGUCCGGAAAGGUUGGAUUUGGACCCUCAAGACCCUGAAGCAGCUCUUGCUUUUGAACACUGGCUUGUUUGCUUCCAAUCAUACUUGGCGGAGCUUCGUGCGACUGACCCUGCCGUUAUGUACAGAAUUCUACUCUCGAGGGUCACCCCAAAAGUUUAUUCCAUUAUCCGGGACCUGCCGACCUAUGAAGGGGCACUGGACGCCCUCAAAAGACAGUACCUGCGGCCGGUGAACACCGUCUAUGCAAGACAUCGUUUAGCUACCAGGCGACAGCGGCCUGGAGAAUCGAGCGCCGAGUUUCCCCGAGCACUACAGACACUCGUCCGAGCUUGUGACUGCAAGACGCUCAUGGCAGAACAGCAUGCGGAGCUGCUAGUACGAGGCGCCUUUGUGAUGGGACUGAGGUCAGUGUACAUGCGCCAGCAACUGCUGGAACACUCCGAUCUUACCUUACGCUCGGCGAUCAAGACGGCCAACGCUCUGGAAGCUGCGCUGCACUACGCCGACGCUGUCCAGUCACGUGAUUCUCCGCCGGUUCUGUGGACGCCUCAGACCCCGCCACCGCUGGCUCCCGCGAGCGAAAUCGCCGCUGCCAGUCGCGAUUCCACGAGCUCCCCAAACCCGACCACGGUGGUGGCCUGUCAGAAGCCUGUGCUUUGUUAUUUCUGUGGACUUAAAAAGGCACUCCCAACAACGCUGUCCAGCGCGAGAAACGACCUGCUCCAGCUGCGGAAAGCGGGGCCAUUUCGCCAAGGUCUGUAAGUCUAAACUACGAGCGGAGUGCAGCGCUGCGGGUGAAACGUGGGGGCCGCCAUCUUGCAUGCCCGGAUGUGGGCGGCCAUCUGUGUCGGCGUCAGCACGCCCCACCCCCGACCCUCCGAUGCUUACCGGGUACCCCGGAUGUGGGCGGCCAUCUUUGUCGACGUCAGCAUGCCCCACCCCCGACCCUCCGAUGCUUACCGGGUACCCUGGAUGUGGGCGGCCAUCUUUGUCGACGUCAGCAUGCCCCGCCCCCAACCCUCCGAUGCUUACCGGGUACCCCGACGGCUCAACUCUGGCCACUGCAACCCUUGACCAAAGUGCCCCACACCAGCUUGCAAGGUCCAUGAUGGACAUCCGGGUGGAGGGGCACAGGACUAGAUGCCUGUUUGACACGGGCAGCACUAAGAGUUUCAUUCACCCGGACACAGUGCAAUGCUGCGGACUCGCAACACGACCAGUAAGUCAGAAGAUCCAUUUGGUUUCUGGGUCCCAUUCCACAGACAUCCGGGUGGGUUGUGUAGCGACAUUGGUGGUGCAAGGCACAGUAUAUCAGAACUUUACGCUACUGGUCGUGCCUAAUCUGUGCGCACCUGUGCUAUUGGGGCUGGACUUCCAGAGCCAUCUCGAAUGUGUGACUAUGGUAUAUGAAGGGCCCCUCCCACCACUCACUGUCCGGAAUCCUCAGUUCUGUGGGACUUCAUCACUACUGACCACACACACACAGCGACACACACAUCCCAUCCAACACGACAGCUGUGCUACCGAUACCACUUGCAGUCUCUCCACUCUCGAGGUCCCUCCCCCGCCGCUGUUCGCCAACCUGACCCCGACUAUAAACCGGUGGCGACUAAAAGCAGGAGGCACAGUGUGGGGUACAGGGCCUUCAUUCAGUCAGAGGUGCAGUGGCUGCUCAGGGAGGGGAUCAUUGAGCCAAGCACAAGCCCUUGGAGGGCCCAGGUGGUCGGAUGGUGGCCACACCCCCCCCCCUCACGAACUCCUAUUAUCUUUUCCCAGGAAGUCUGUCACUCUACCAGUUUGGCUGAUGUCCCCGGGGCCAGUGCUGCUCCGGAAACAUGUCAGGAGCAAUAAAUACUCCCCGCUGGUCGAGAGGGUUCACCUUCUGCAUGCGAACCCCCAGUAUGCUUAUGUGGUCUUACCUGAUGGGCGGGAGGACACGGUCUCCAUCCGCGACCUGGCGCCCGCAGGUGCAGCAGACCACUACCCUGAACACUCUCCGGUAACUAUGAACCCUGUACCCGAGGUGACACCGCGCUCACCAGGCCCUACAUGGACUCCUCAUGACACUUAUAUACCAGGUGCCUCGCACAUGCAUGAACUGGAACCAGCACAACCUCCGUCUCCUGUGCAAUCACCAAUGUUGCCGGCAUCGGUGCAAUCACAGCCGGUGUGACAUAGAUCGCAGCGACAGAUUCGACCACCUGAUAGACUUGACCUGUAAGAAACUUCGCCUUUCAAACAAAGGGGGGGUGAAUGUGGUGAACUAUGUGCCUGUCUGGACACGCCCCCUUCUGACUGCUCCUGUGGCUCCUCCCACAGGCCCCUGUAUAAAGGCGAUCGAGGUCUGAUCCUCUGCCUCAUUCUCCAGGAUGUAAUACGAUGGUCACUUACUGCUGAUUCUUUCUUCAGUCAAUAAAAGCCGAUAUCUCGCCUUACGUCUCAGAGUGAGUUAUUGAUGGUGCAUCACUUAAUCCAACCAGGACAUCAAGAUUCCUGAUGAAGGGUCUCGACCCAGUGCAUUAAUGGUUUAUUCAUUUAUAUUGAUGCUGCCAGACCUGCUGAGUUCCUCCCGUGUUUUAUGUGUGUUGCCUUUUAGCAGGAUUAGGAAAAUUUGUGGAUUGGCUGCCUUUGUAUAGCUGCUAAUGAGAAUUGAAAAUUAUAUACUUUCACUCCUAUUCUGUUGAUUCAAGAUUGUUUCAUGUCAUUUCCAGUAGACAAAUGUAACGCAGAAUGAAAUAUUUGUUACUCCAGAUCCAAAAAUAAAGAACACAGUAAUAAAAAAAAAUGAUUACAUAAGAUAGCUUAUAUGCAUAGAUUGAUUGUAUGUCCAUGAAGUGACACCAGGCACAGGAGCGUCUGUACAUAAGGGGUAUAGGAGCCAUUCACCUGUUUUCUAUAUAGAUUGUAUUCGGUGUUGUGUGUUUAUUAUGAUAAAUAGUCAUGUGAGUGAAGGUAUGGUUUAAAAAAAGGAAGGGAAUAAACUACAUAUUUGUGCUUUGUUCAGAACAAUUUUGAGCUGGGAGCCCACGGAUGUCAUCUCUUUUGCUGACCACUUAAGUACACUUAUUUGUGCUUCAUUGUGUUUAGUUUCAUUGAUUCAGGAUUGUUGGUUUCGUUAGUUGCUAAUAAAGGGUCAUGUACAGUUUUUUGACUUUUGGAACAUUAUUAUUGAAUCAAUUGUGAUUGCAAGAUGGUGGCGCGACGCAGCGCACAGCGGCCACUCCAGGAAUGAAUAUAUGUUAUCUGUAAGUAGGGGUCGUGUACAAUCCUGUUUCAAUGGAGACGGAUGUCUGAAGCACAGAGGAACAUCUGGUGAAACUUUUGAAAUGCCUGUUUCACUGCCGCUGCUACAGUGCGAUCAGAGAAAUCUCCGGGAGGAAGGCUCCAAAUCCUCGGCUUUGCCUGUUGCUUGGCAGCCGGUGCCGGGGUCGAAGCGCUCAGCAGAGAUGGUGCUCGGUGUCGGAGGGCUGGUCGGAGGCUCGAAGUUUUCAGACGGACUCGGAGUUGGCUUAGGUCGGAGCUCGCAAAGUGCUGUAUCAGCAAGCUGCUGCGUUGGAGGUUCAUGGCAGGAAGAGUCUUUCUUCCUUCUACCGUCUGCGUGAGAUGAUGGGCUGUCAGGACUUUGAGACUUUCUUUUAAACCGUGCCAUGGACUGCUCUUUAUCAGAUUACGGUAUUGCUUUGCACUGUUGAAACUAUGUGUUAUAAUUAUGUGGUCUUUGUCAGUCUUUUUAUCAAUUAUGGUAUUGUCUGCACUGUUGAAACUAUAUGUAACUAUGUGGUUUUGUGUAGCUUUAGGUUUGUCUGUUGGGUUUGUAGUUCCUUUCCGGGAAACGUGCUAAGACGAUAGCGCGAUAUCGAUACACAGCAGCCUCUCCGGACUCUGGAUUGGGGAUUACCAAACGUUAUGUGGUUUUUCUUGUGUGGUCUGUUUUCUGCUUUUUAAUGAUAUAAUUCUGGAGAACAUUGUCUCAUUUUUUAACUGCAUUGUAUUUGUGGUUUAUAAAUGACAAUAAACUGAAUCUGAUCUGAAUCUGAAUUGUGGUACCAUCAUAUAAGGAUAACAAUU